AUGCGUGCCUUCCCGGAUGACAAACAGCUGAUGAUCGACUGCAUCACUGCAAUGAGCGGAGUUAUCCUCUUCAACCGUGACAAUGGCUUGAGAGCGGGAGCGCUUGGCGGAUUGAAUUACUCGUGGGGCUUCUAUUCAACACACAUGGACGACCCGGACGUGACCGCUUUAGGUGGCGCUAUUGGCUGUUUCAUGGACUAUGUCGACGAGAACCGUGCGAUUGGAAGGGAGCUGGGCGUGCCGGAGGGGCUGGUCCAGAAUAUGCGGAACAACUUUCACGGGAAGUAUUCAGACUGGGCUUAUGAACCUGUGAAGCACUCGUUGUACGCGCUUUCUUCUACCACCUGGCGGAACCAGGACAUUGUUAUGAAAGAAGGCUUUGUCCCGCUGGACAUUGCGAUCCUCUUGGAGCACGGACACGAAUCGAAGAUCGCCGAAGAGAGUCUUCAGGUGGUCAAGGCCUUGACGGCUUAUUCGGACGACUACCGGCACGUCAUGGCAAACGAAGGGCUCUUCAAGGCCCUCGCGCAUGUGCUUGACACACGGUACUUCGACAGGGGUGCUGUCAGCCUCAUCGCCGAAAGUACGAUAUACCUCAUCGGGCCUGCUUGGGAGGGCUCUCCGGAGGGCAUCGCGCGCGAGAUUGCAUACAAUGCGAAGAUCCAGGAGCAGGCCACUGAACAGGGCUUCGUGGAUGCUUUGCUCCGGGUUGCAAUGUCUCCAGUGGAGAUGAAGCACUUCGAGCAUGGAGCCUUCAACUUCAACAUCGACCAAGCGUACCCAGCGCAAAUGAACACCUACGUGGCUCUCAACACACUGGCGAAGGGCAGCCCGGUAAACCAAGCGACCAUGGUCCAGGCCGGCAUCGUGGCAAACAUAGCAGCCAAGUUUCCAACCUUGGAGGAUAACGCGAAGCCAGAAGCCUGCAAGCUGGUUGCCACACUCCAUCAGCAGUUGAAUACGUGCCCCUGA